AGUAUUUGUAAACAACUGUGUUUAUGUGUUAAGAUAAUUGCAUUUUGUACCAGUUUUAUUUCUCAUCAAUACUUUCCUGCUCGAUAGUUAUAUUUAUAUUCAAUCCCUCACAAUCGCUUCAGUUGGAACAUUUAUAUCAGAUAUUUUAUUUAUUAUCCUCAACUUUUAAUAUUUCUUCAACAUUUAUUUUUUAUUUUUCUGUUGAUACAUUCGAUCGAUUAGAAUACUGGUGAUAUUUCAUUUUUGGUACGUAAAAAUCAGUUCUUCUCAUGGUAUUGUAGAUAUACAAUUCGUAUAUCUCUAUUUCUUUACCCCCAGCUGCCUUUGUCGACUCGAGGGUUAAUUCACAGCAUAUUUUCUGAGUAGUUAAGUGCGGUAAACAUGCGCAGAAAGUGUUGCGACUCAGAUCAUUGUAUCUGUUUUGAAAGAGGCUGAAUGGCAGUCAGAAAAAUACCUGCCAAUCUCAAGGGUGGUUUCAUGUUGAUGACCAUUACUGAUUGUUGUGGAGUCAAAUGCAGUGGCGUGUUGACAAAGUGUAGAUAACGAAUGUUGAGUUUGAUACAUUUAAGCAUGGAAGAAGAGCGUAGAUUUGUCAGGAAGGCACUGAGGGCAAGAUCGAGGUUUUUCAAAUAUUAUGAUCGGAGAUUUUUAGACGCUUUUGUACAUUUUAUGACAAGGACUAAAUAUUCCUCGAAACAAGUUAUAAUGACCCCCGAGGAUGCCCCCCAAAACUUAUAUGUUCUUGUCAAAGGAAAAGCAUCUAUAACGAACGAUGUGGGGCAAAAAGAAUAUUUGUAUGUUGGUGCAGUAUAUGGGGAACAGGAAAUAUUGGCGAAAUUGUAUAGAUCCGCCACAAUGACAGCGGAAACAGAAUGUAUAGUGUGGCAGCUUAAUAGAUACGAUUUCAAACUUGCUGUAAGAAAAAUGAACUAUGUUCCCAAAAACAAAAAGUUCCUCAGAUCGAUAGCUAUGUUUCGGAAUUACUCUGAAGAAAUGCUAGAUAAAAUAGAAGAGGAGCUGGAAGUAGCUUAUUUUGACACCGAUGAUAUAAUUCCAUUGACGACAGAUAAUAUACAAAUAGUUUCAAGCGGCCAUUUGAAACUAAUUGAGAAGGAAUCAGGUGAGAUUGAUGCAAAGAAAAUAGGGAGAAAAAUAGUUAAGAUUUUUAAAAAAGGUGAUUGUUUCGAUGAUGGAAUCGAAGGCGAAUUGUCUGCGUUCUUUCCAGGAUCGGAAUGCAUCAGAAUUCGAAAAGAUGUGUUGUCUGAAUUCAAGGACAAUGAUGAAGUGAAUUGUCAGAAAAAAAAGAACGUUGGGGAAAUCGUAGAAGAUGAAGAUUCUGAGAUAUUUUCAGAAUAUGGCAACAUAGAACUGGAAGAUCUCGAUCCUGUAACAAUCAUUGGAACUGGUUCUUAUGGAACAGUAUCACUGGUCAGAUACACAAAAGCAUCUAAUGUCAGUUUCGCCUUAAAGAAGAUCGAAAAAGCAGGUAUGGUCAGACGAAAUCAACAGGAUCAUUCACUCAAUGAAAGGGAGUUACUGAUGACCAUAAAAAGUCCUUUCAUUACAAGAUGUUAUAGAACCUUUCGGGAUGAUAGAUACGUGUACUUCCUUUCUGAGGUUUGUUUGGGUGGAGACAUUAUGAGGAUCUUAGGCAGAUACAUUUAUUUUGACGAAGAUGUUGCACGUUUCAUCUGCGCGUGUGUGGUUGAGGCUUUAGAGUAUUUGCACAACCGGCAAAUCAUGUACAGGGAUUUGAAACCCGAGAAUCUUGUUAUUGACAGAAAUGGUUAUAUCAAAUUGACGGAUCUGGGACUCUCCAAAUAUGUAGGAUACACUGGUAAAAGUUACUCAUUUUGCGGAACUUAUCCCUAUUUCACCCCUGAAAAUGUUCUCAACACUGGUGCCGAUCACGGUGUGGAUUUUUGGACAUUGGGAGUACUCAUUUAUGAACUUGUGACCGGAGAGUUGCUUUUUGGUGAAGAAAACCGACUUCAAGUGUAUGAUGCUAUCUUGGGUGGUGUAGAGCAGGUAUUUUUUUCUGGAAUAAUCAGAGGUUCUAGCUCUGAAGAUUUGGUAAAAAAGCUUUGCGUUAGAGAGCCUUCUAAAAGGAUUGGAUACCGUGAUAUGAAUGAAAUAAAGACUCAUCGGUGGUUCCAAGAUUUUGAUUGGAAUGGAUUAAAAUCUCUCUCUCUACCUGCCCCAAAGAUACUGAUUCCACUAUUGAGGGAUUCCUUUGACCCCACUCAUUUUGACUCUUUCGAAAUUCAAGAGGAGAUUCCACGUAAAGAGGUCAGCAACUGGGACUACGAGUUUUAAUAAAUAUUUAUAUUGAUGCUAAGAGAUUUUUCUCUUGAAAAUAAGUGAUUGUGAUAUUAUUCAGUAUUUUUUUUAUGAAUAAUCCUCAUAUUAUUUUGUUUAUACUCUUUGUUAGUUUUAUUCUGAUAUUUUUAUAUUGAUUCAAUGUUUUUCAGAUUUGUGAAACUCACUUUUUGAGUUGCUUUUUGUUUUAGAGAAGUUAACAUGAACUUUUCAUUAAAAAUGUGUUGUAUUUUAUAAUUUUUUAUAAAUUCAAGUACUGAAUUACUCAAGGAAUAAAAACGUAAUAUCUUA